AUGGCCGCGAGCCGGAAGGCGCCAGUCGGAAGCCUUACCCCGCCAGACUUCGCGCGACCAGCCUCGCCCAAGCACCAGCUCGGCGUCAUGGCCGGAGAGAUUACUGCCUCACCCCCAACGCGACUCGGCGAUGCGGAACUGGGUAAAGAUGCUGAAGAAUCCAGGUGCGACGACGCGCCUGCACCAAGCCCGCUCGAAUACACAUCCUUCACGCAGUCGCAGCGGCGGCGACUACGGCCGCUUCUUGGGUUGGCAGCUAUCACGUCACCCUUGACCGCGACCAUCUACUUCCCCCUUCUUCCCCUGCUGCGCACACAGUUCAGUACUACAGCGCAGGCUAUCAAUCUUACAAUAACCCUCUACAUCAUCUUCCAAGCCAUUUCACCCGUCAUAUUCGGACCACUGUCUGAUGUUCAUGGCCGGCGACCCUACUUCCUGGCCACUCUGGGCCUGUACGUCAUCGGUAACUUGGGACUAGCUCUUAACAAGCGCAACUAUGCUAUUCUCUUAGUCCUGCGCGCGAUACAGAGUCUCGGGGCCAGUGCAGCGUAUGCCAUCAGCUUUGGUGUCGUUGCAGACGUCUGCGUGGCUAGCGAACGAGGACAGAUGCUAGGCCCAAUCAGCAUGGCCAUGAAUCUGGGCACUUGUAGGGCCGACUCCAGCCCCAUCAGUGGCAGCUCCAUGCCAGGCGACUAA